AUGUCAUCAGGAGCCAAAGAAGGCCCAUUAGUUUCCUACUCUAUUCUCCCAAUCUUUCGAGGUGAAAAUUAUGAUUUCUGGAAGGUGAAUAUGAAAACUAUACUGCUGUCAGAAGGACUUUGGAGCUUCAUUGAAAGAGGGCUUCAAGAACCAGAGGAUCUAAGUCCGCUUCUAGCAGCAGAAAGAGAGAAGUUCGAAGCAGAAGUUAUGAAAGAUGCCAAGGCUCUCUCCAAGAUUCAGAACGGAGUCACUUCAGACAUUUUUCCAAGAAUCACAAGAGCUAAAACAACAAAAGAAGCCUGGGAUACAUUAGAAAAGGAGUUUCAAUGUGGUAGCAAGGCCAUAACAAUCAAGCUACAGACUUUGCGCAAGGAAUUCUAUAAUAUGAAGAUGAAAGAAUCUGAAUGCAUCCAAGAUUAUGCCUCCAGACUAACUGAAGUUGUGAAUCAAAUGAGAACUCUUGGUGAGGAGAUCUCUGACCAGAGGGUUGUUGAAAAUAUACUGAUCAGCUUGCCUGAAAAAUAUGAUCCCAUUGUUGAUGCUAUUGAAGAGUGCAAGGGUAUCACCACCUUAUCAAUUGAACAAUUGAUGGGUUCUUUAAAGUCUCACGAGCAGAGAAGGUUGACACGAAAUGAUCAAUCUUUUGAGAGUGCUUUCGAAUCAAAACUAAGUUUCAAAUCUCAUAAGUCCUCCAAGAAAGGCAAUUAUAGAAAUGACCAGCGAACAAAGGAGCAAAGAAGGUGGAAGAAAGGAGAAUCCAGCAAAAGAGAUGAUGACAGAAAUCGCCCCGAAUUCAUCGGAACCCGGGAUGAAUCCUGUGGAAUUCCCGACAUCCCACCCAUGCCGGGCUCACUUUUGAACUAA